CGUGACUUAGCGACGUAGCACGGAAGAAGAUUAAAAUCGGCAUUAUUAUAUCUAACCAUGGAAACUAAAGAGUUGAGAAAAGAGAGAAGGCCAGGUUAUUUUGCCAGGCUGCUUCACAUGACGUCCCCAUACGUCUCUCUCUGUAGCCUCUCACUAAAUCAGCACUGGUUAAAAAGAACAAAGCAGCUAAAACAAAAAGCAGAACCUUCAAGUUGCAAUACUGAAAAUCCAUUGCCUAAAAUAGAAAUACAACCUGGUGAAAAUGACUCGAAAGAAAAUCUCAGUGUAUCUUCACAACAUAUGGUUGACGAUGAAAAGCUUAAGGAUAUUUCAGAAAAUUCUUUGAAAAAAGGAGAUAAUACUGCAGACAAUAAAAGCAAACCCGUUCAAAGGAAAGAAAUCCGACGUGCGGAACUGAAGAGCUUUUACCUGUCUGGUGAUGGACAGAUGAACAGGAAUAAAGAAAAGAAAAUGGUUACUCAGAAGCCAUUUGGAACCAUAGAAUAUAUGGCUGGGUCCCAAGACACCAUGAACACCAUAGCUUUGAAAUUCAAUGUUACUCCAAAUGAACUUGUGCAGAUGAACAAACUUUACAGUCGUGUUGUUGUUCCUGGUCAGACUUUGUAUGUUCCAGAUUCACCACCUGCUGCGGCAGCAAUUUCCCCAGUCUGUGGAAGCCUGCUGACUCCUCCCUCAUCAGAUACAGAGUAUGGUAAACUUCCAGAUGCAGAUCGUCCAAGAAAAGUAACUGCUCGGAAUUUCCUCUCCUCAUCAGUGCAUUCACAACCUAUUGUGAGAGUAACAUCAUCUGGUUCAGAAGAUGAUGAACCACUUACAGAAAAGUUUUUGAAAAUGAAUUGCAGAUACAUCACAGAUGGCGAGGGAGUUGUUGGAGGAGUUAUGAUUGUCACUCCAAAUAAUAUAAUGUUUGAUCCACAUAAAUCCGAUUCCCUUGUAAUUGAAAAUGGAUGUGAGGAAUACGGACUAAUUUGUCCCAUGGAAGAAGUCAUAUCCAUUGCCUUAUACCAUGAUAUCUCACACAUGAAGAUUAAAGAUGCUCUUCCAUCUGAUGUACCAAAGGAUCUCUCUCCCCUGUAUAGGCCUGGAGAUUGGGAUGAUCUAUCAGCUGAAAAGGAUCUAAAUCCAUUUAAUCGUUUCAAGGCCAUGAGUAAAAAUCGACAGGUGAAGGAUCAUGAUUCUUCAGAAAACCAUUAUCCUCUCCGCAAAAGUAUGGAAGAUACAUCUGAUGAAUUGUUUACUGAACUUGCAUCAUCCCCGGUAAAAGAGGAAAGUGCUGCAGAAUUUGCAAAUGGUAUUUAUAGAGAUGUAGUUGAAGGAAAGUCAGAAGUGGCUGCAACUCGCUCUAUCUUGAAAAGCCAUGGUUAUUACAAGGAUGAUUCCACUACUGAGGAGGAAGCUACAGAUAUGUCUGAUGCUGUGGAGUGUAUGAAACAUGCCUCACUUGUGAAAAAUUAUGAGACCAAUGACCAACAAACUAUACUUGAAAAAUCGUUACUGGGACCCACCUCAAAAAUGUGUAUUCAUUCUUCUGAAAGUCCAUCUUUAAUAUUUGGUGUUCCUUCAGAUCAUGGUAUUUCUGGGGACAGUGAAAUUACCUUCAACAGUGAUAUAACAGCAAAGGGAACCUACCUAGAAAAGUACGUGAGCAAAGGGAGCAAGGUUCCCACAAUGCAGGAUUUUCCAUCUGAUAUUGGUCCAGACACGAGUACAAAAUCAUCUUUGAAUGAAGAUAAUGAAGAAGCUGGCUGUCAAUCAGAAAUUCAAGCAUUCUUUAACAAACUUAAAGGACCAAUUGAAGGUUUCCAGCUCUGCCACAAAACUGGAGAAACUCUGAUCAGUCACUAGUGACAUCCAAUGUGACAUUAAUUAAGACAUGCUUCCAUCAAAGGAAGAGAAGAGCAAGAAACCACCUAUGUUCCUUUGCAUUAAACUUGGGAAACCUAUGCGAAAGUCAUUUGUGUCAUAUAGCAUGACGACAAUACAC